AUGGCGCAGGAUCGCGUCACCUCCUCCGACGACGAUGGACUCGAAAUGGACUUCGAAGACGAUUCUGGUCCCGAAAGUGGUUCACCUGCAACGGCAGCUCAAGGGAUAAAUGCGACAGCCGUUACAAUUGUUCCUGGAACUGUUCCCACUUCUGAGCCCACAACUGUUCCUACCACAACUUUUCCCAUCACAUCUGUUCCCAGCACGACUGGGAAAACAAUUACCAAAACAUCUGAGAGGGCUAAACUUUUUGCGGAGAACAACGCUGUUCCCAGCUCAUCUGUUCCCACUACAGCUGUGUCAGCUGUUCCCAGCAACACUGGUUCCACUGAAGCAACAACUGAACAAUCGGAAAAAGCUAAGCUUUUAACACUUCUCACCAAGAACUCCGCAACCCUGAGCCUAUCAAGGAUAUUGCUCAGCGAUAUCGUUGCCACUAACAGAAAAAUCAACUGGAAUCUUGCCAGAAAGAAGGAAUCCAUAUUACUGAUACGCCACGCCGAAGGACUCGUGCUUAAUGCCACCAGAACUUUGUUCUCCACUGAGGCUGAGCUCCUUGGUGGCAUUGUCAAAGCUAUCCGAAAGAUAGAUAGGCAUGCAAUACACACAAUCGAUGAUGUCGCAUAUGUGAUGCAUUUGCAGGAUGAGACAAAGGAAAGAAUCGACCGUUUUUCUGUGAAAAUUGGGGAAAUUCAGAACAAAAUCCUCCGCAGCUCCCAGGGAUUCGAUAAGAAGCUACAUCGCUUGGGACAAAUUCUUCAGCAGAAUAUCAAAUUCAAGGUUCUGAACCUCAAUCUAACAGCCAGCAGACUUAACACCUCUCAAAUCAACUCUUUGGCAGAGCUUGAGAAUCUCCCUAUCGUGCUGGAGAAAAGCAGGAACAGCGUAGUGAAGCUAACAUCAUUGGAGCACCAAUUGUACCUUCUCAACAAAACCCAAAGUACGAUUCUGGAUAGCCUGUCGGAAGAUGUCCAAAAUAUGGAUCACACAAACCUCGGUUCGAUCAGCGAUCAGCUUCAGUCACUCAUCAUGUCCCAAAAGCGCACGGAACUGGAUUUGGCUGUCUGCGACAGGGAAUCAGGAAGUGAUAUAUUUCAAUAUUAUUUUUGA